AUGUCGCACAUGAAAGCCCCGGACAGCGUCGUCGAGCUUGCUCCCGAGCUGCUGGAGCUCAUCCUGUCGUUUCUCCGCCCACAGGAGCUCGUCAGGUUCGGGGCGACCUGCCGACGCGCACACGACUUCAUCCGUCCCACCAACCAAUUGCUGUGGAAGCAGACCUUCCUGCACGUUUUUGACCAUCCGAAACAUGUUUGGGAGGCCCUCGUUCCUACCGCCCGCGCCCACAAUCAGCCCCGCGAGGCGCUUUGGGACUGGCACCGUGAACUUGUGCGCCGCACAGAGGCCUACAACCUUGUCUUGGAAGGGGACCGGGACACGCUCGCUCCCGAGAUAGACAAUGUCGUCGGCGCUCUGCUCGACAUUCAGCAGACUGCGUCUUGCCCAAGUACCGACGAAACUGCCUCACCCGUAUCUCUGAAUAUCAUGUAUCUGAACCGCCUAGUGCAGCGCGCACCGGACUUUGACUCCAUCAUUCACGACUUCAGCAGACAUCCUUCUUCGCUAUCAGUCCCCCGAGACUCGAAAAUGAACCCCGAUCGACCCAUUACUCGCUCCAUGUUGACACGCGGGGCGGUCGUGCCUGAGUGUGCUAGCCGCUUGCAUAUAAUUUACGGUCCUACCGAGAGGGAAGAAGACUCGACUGCGUCCAAGGCCGCUGCAAGAGCUAUCGUGUACGACUGGAGUGUCACAGGCGAGGACGCCGAUUUCGGUCCAUUCCAGAAAGAUGGCUCAGGAGCAGUGAAUUGGCAGUCCGUGGAGGCUAUUAGCUCCUUGAUGCAUCGUAUUUUUGAUACGGCUCUCAAGGCAUAUCAUUUGCACCCGACUGGCUUUGACAUCCACGUGCCCUGCAAGCAACCGAUGAACGCCGCCGUUCCCGUUGAUUGGGCAGGAAUCACGGGCACUUGGGCGGGCACUUACGCCUUUCUGGACUAUCGUGCGCUCGUUCAUUACAAUUUUGCUCACAACUUGGAACAUACUUUGGAUCUAGGAAAUUACGAAGAAGCGUGUGGUGAUUUGAUGCGCUUGGACCUCGAAAUAGAUGAUUCGGAAGAGCUAAAGAACGAUGAACGACUGCAAUCUGACUUGCCAUAUUGCGACGACCUCCCAAAAUUGUAUUUUGAAGGCACAUCUACCAGACAAGCGACCGAGCGACCCUCGAUAGGCGUAAGAGGAGUGGCAUGUCUUGCUCCUGGCGGACGAGAGGUGCGCUGGCGGCUCAUCAUCAGGUACGCUGGUGCAGAUCAGUGGCAACUGGAAGGAGUGCAACCCAGUGGUAUACGAUCUGGAGGCAUAUAUGGACUGUGGAGCCACGUAGAUCACGACGAUCACGGUCCAAUGGGUCCGUUCUAUUACGCGCCAAGCGCGAUCACUGAAUUCUCCUUCGAUUAG